AUGUCGCAGUUAGGCCGAAAACCUAUCAGCGUUGAGGAGGACCAGCAGGACCAGUGGGAAGGAGUGCUCGACGACCGAGAGCUACUUAACUGUGUAGUCGAGGCACUAAUUUCUCUGUACCGCUUGGGUGUACUCAAAGACGUGUUCGAUAGGGAAGCCAUGGAGAAGCAGUUUUUGCCACUAUUUUCAACAUCUUCGAACUCAGACAGCUCGAUUGUAUCGCUUCUGUCACUGGCCAACUGUCUGUGUAUCGAGCCCGACCUUCUGGACUGCUUUCUGGCGACGCCAAUCCUGAUCGAUAUUGCAACGAGCAUCACACAAGGAGGCGUUGAAGACGAGAGUCUUUACACACAAACAGCUGAGCUUCUUCGUGUCGCGCUUCUUCGCGAAGAGGCACGAAAGUAA